AUGUUUCUCUCUAGCACUGAAUCUAGUAUAUUUAGUGAAACUGGUAGUGAUAGUUUUAGUGAAAAUGAGUACACUUUUAACCCAGAAGAAAAUAUAAAAAAUGUAAAAAAAUUUAAUAAAAUAAUUAUAAAAUUAUUUUUAAAAAAUAGAAAAUAUUAUGAACAAAUAAAAUAUAUAGCACUCACAUAUUUAAGUAAAAUAGAAGAUAUUGAAUUUGAUAGUGCUCAAAAAAGCAAUAAAGGAACGAAUGAACAUAUAUAUAGUUUUUAUUUUGAUACAUAUGACGCAAUUGAAUAUGGAGAAAAUGAAUUAAUAUAUUAUAUGCAAAAUAACUUUCAUAAAUUUAUUGAUGUGAUAAAUAAUUACUCUAUUCCAUUUUUCUUUAGAUUAAUUUUUAUAAAUUGUUAUUUUGAAUUCUUUCAUAAUGAAGAAUUAAAAAAAAAAAAGCACAAAUACGAAUUUGGUAAGAAAUAUAAUUCUAUGUAUAAUAAUGAUAGUAGUAAAGAGACUGAUUCUAUUAACAAAACGUGUAAUAAUUUUGUAAGUAGCAAUGAUUGUGAAAAAAAAGAAAGAAAAAAAGAUGGAUAUGAAGAUAAAAAUAUAAAUAAGGAUGAAUAUGAAUAUGAAGAUGAAGAUGAAAAUGGAAAUAAGGAUGAUAGUAAAGACGAAUAUAAGGAUAAAGAAAAAAAAGAUGAUAUUUCUUUUUUUUACGAUUUUAUUGAUUAUGAUUUUAAUAAAGACAAAAAGAUUAUGGAGGAAAUUGAUAUAUACAGUGCAUUUUUAAUGAAAGGUCUUUUAUAUUCAUAUAAAAAUUCUUCCUUUUUAAAAGAUUUGAAUAUAAAAUUAAAAAUCAGUAAUUGUUUAAAAAUGAUAUUUGAUAAACACAAUAUAAAAAUUAAGUGCCGAGUAAUAAAUAUUCCUUAUAUUCAUGAUAUUCAUAUAAAUUAUUUACAAGAAAUAGAAAAUAAACAUAUCGGAAAAUUUAUAACUGUAGAAGGAAUAAUAACAAGAGUAGGAGAAAAGAAAAUAUUAGAGGAAUGCAAAAAAUAUAGGUGUAUGAAAUGUGAUAAUAUAAUUCAAAAAAAGGCUAUACCUGAAUUGUAUUAUAAUACUCAAACAAUAUUUAUGUGCCCCAAUUAUUAUAUAAACACUAACAUACCUUAUGAACAAAGUGAAGUAAAUCGAAAAAAAAAAAAAAAUAAUAAGCAAAAAAAAAAAAGUUACAUAAUAGAUAUUAAAAAUAGUAAAUAUCCAUUCAAGAGCAAAUGUAAUGGCACAAAUUUUGAAUUAAUAGAAAGUGAAAUUAGAAGAGUUGAUUAUCAAGAAAUAAAAAUAAGGGAAGCAAGCAAAACAAAUAUACCUCAUUCAAUUACGGUGGUGCUUUUAGAAAAUCUAGUGGGAAGAUAUAGUCCAGGAAAAAAAGUAAUUAUAAAUGGAAUAGUUCUAAGAAGGUGGAAAAAAUUGUACAAGGAUAUCAGAUGUGACUCUGAAUUAUUUAUUGAAGCUAACAAUAUUGAAGUUAAAAAAUUGGAAAAUAUAAAAUACAAAGAAAUAUCUUUAGAUGAUGACUUUGCUAAGAGCAUAAAUAUAAUGAAUAAAGCGCGUAUAAAUGAAGAAAUAGAAAACAUAAGUAUAAAAGAAAAAUGUUUUGAAAAUAGUAUAGAAAAGAAUAACUUCAUAAAUAGUAUGAACGAAAACAAAAAUAAUUCUCUUUUUCUUCACGAAAAAAAUAGUAACAUAAAAGAUUAUUUUACGGGAACGAUAAAAGAAAAAAAUAUGUAUAAUUCUUAUUUGAAUAUUCCAAUGAAUAAUGUAGAAAAGCUUUUUGAAAGUUAUUGGAUUCUUUUUAAAAAUAAUAAAAUAGAAGGAAAAAAAUAUAUAUGUGAGAGUAUAUGCCCAAAUUUAUAUAAUUGUAAAUUAUCAAAAUUGUCUUUAUUGCUAGUUUUAAUUGGUGGAAAUAAAACAAACGAAUAUGAUUCCUUUUAUAAUGAAAAUAAUAAAUGGAAAAAGUAUUUUAAUAAGAAUUAUGAGGAUAAAAAUAAUUAUUUGGAAAAUGACAAAAUUUUCCUAUAUGAAAAUUUAUAUAAAAGUAAAACUGAGAAAGAGAAAGAGAAAGAGAAAGAGAAAAAGAAAAAGAAAAAGAAAAAAAAAAAACAUAGAAAAAGACAAGAGAAAAUUUCAUCAGAAAAUUAUGAUAAAAGAACACUCUGUCAUUUACUAUUGGUUGGAGAUCCAGGAACAGGAAAAUCUCAAUUAUUAAAAGAGGUGCAAAAAUUAAGUAAUAUUUGUAUGAACGUGUCAGGCAUGUUUUGUACUACUGCAGGAUUAACUUGUGCAGCAAUAAAAGAAGGAAAUAAUUUUAUGCUAGAGAGUGGAGCUUUAGUUUUAGCUGAUAAUGGAGUAUGUUGUAUUGAUGAAUUCUGCUUAAUGAAAAAUGAAAAUAAAAAUGCUAUUCAUGAAGCAAUGGAACAAUUAACUAUAUCUGUUGCAAAAGGUGGGAUAGUUGAUAAACUAAAUUGUAGGUGUACCAUUAUUGGUGCUUCUAAUUUCGAGUUAAAUAAAAAUGUGAAAGGAAAUGUAGCUAGUUGUGAAAAUAAAGUACUUAUUAUUAACCUUUCUUAUGCUUUAUUAAGUCGAUUUGACUUAGUAGUAAUAACAGAAGAUAAUAAUUAUAUAGAUUCAAAAGUUGCUGAUUAUGUAUUAUCUCAAGACUUAGAAGCAAAUACAGCUAAUCACAUAAAUAAACAUAAAGAAAAAAAAAAGGAUACAGAAAAUAAUAUUCCGGAUGAAAAUAAAAACAGUUUAUCAAAAUUAUAUUAUUCUAUCAAUAAUUCUGAACAGCAUGACAUUUAUUAUUCUUCCUUUUCUUCUCAACAUAAUAAUAGAAAAAUUACAUGGCCUAGUGAAAAAAUUAAGGAAUAUAUUUACUAUGUAAAAAAUAGUUGCUUUCCGAAUUUUGAUAAAGAUGCUAAGUUAAUUUUAAUUACUUAUUACUCUAAUUUAAGAAAAUAUAAUAAUGGAGAUAACGGAACAACAAUAAGAACAUUGGAAAGUUUAAUAAGAUUGAGUGAAGCACAUUCAAAAUUAAUACUUAACAAUUUGGUUUUACCAGAUGAUGUUAUAAAUAUAAUUCUACUAGUAGAAUUAAGUUUAAGAGGCUUUCAAAUAGCUAUUAAAACAAAUUCAAAUAAUAUUUUAAUAGCUAGAACUGGUAUUCUUGAAAACUUAAAUGAAUUGUUAGAGACUUAUAAUAAAAAUAAUAAUAAAUUUUAUUCAUUAGAUGAUGUUUUAUUCAUUGAUUCUUUAUAUACUUAUUUUAAAGAAAUUAUUUUAGAAAAAUUAAAUUUAAAAGAAAUAAAUGGAAGUAUUCAUAAAAUGGAAUGA